UAUUAUGGGAUGAAAUUAACAUGCAUUAAAACAAGUGUCCAAUCAAGAGUGCAUAUUCUUGUUGACGAAGAGGAUUAUUGAUGUGGCUUUUACAACCCCGACAAAAAUCAGUCCUUAUCUCCUCAUUUUCAUGAUCGCCAUGGAAGAAAUGUAACCACAAUCAAUGUUGAGAAGAAGCUCUAUGCUUUUUACUCUCCUACUAUAAUUAUCAUCAUAAAUAAAUCUACAGAUAUUUCUGACUCUCUCUAGACCUGAAACCAGAAGCAGAAAGCUCACCGGAAAUCAAUCAACUAGAAAUCUCUCCUCACUAUCACGAUCACCAUGGGAGAAGUGCAACCACAGAUCAAUGAAGCUGAAGAAAGCUCACUGGAAAUCAACAAGAAAUCUCUCCUCACACACUACAAAUGGUGGCUUCAAAUGCUCCUCUACUCCUUCUUCCUCCUCUCUGGCUCCGGCUCCGCCACCAUCUUAGGCCGUCUCUACUACAACAACGGCGGCAAAAGCAAUUGGAUCGCAACCUUAGUCCAAGUCAUCGGAUUCCCAAUCCUCAUCCCCGUCCUCUUCUUCACCACCGCCGACACCGACUAUCGCCGCCGUCCCCUCGCCCUCGCCGCCUUCAACGUCGCGAUUGGCGUCUUCCUCGCCGUCGACUGCCUCCUCUUCUCCAUCGGCCUCCGCUACCUCCCGAUCAUCACCUACACUCUAAUCGGAGCCACACAGCUAGGGUUCAACGCCGUCUUCUCUCUCUUCCUCAACCGCCAGAAAUUCACCCCUUUCAUCAUCAAUUCGCUAGUCCUCCUCACCGUCUCGUCCACUCUCCUCGUCUUCGAUCCCGAAUCCGGUGACUCCACGGCCGCCUCGGGGCGGAAAUACGCAGUCGGAUUCGUCUGCACAGUCGCGGCCUGCGCCGGGUAUGCGAUGAUGCUGUCGCUGACGCAGCUGGCCUUUCAGAAGCUGAUUAAGAAGGAGACAGCUCGCGCGGUGAUUGAGAUGACGAUCUACCAAAGCCUGGUGGCAUCGAUCGUGGUCGUGAUCGCCCUAUUCGCCAGCGGGGAGUGGCGGCGGCUCGGCGGGGAGAUGGAGGGCUACAAAAGGGGGGAAGUGGGCUACUUGAUGAAUCUGGCGUGGACGGCGGUUGGGUGGCAGGUGUUCGGAGUUGGAUGUGUCGGUUUGAUCUUCCAAGUGUCGGCGCUGUUUGCAAAUGUGAUCGGAAUGCUGGGGCUGCCCAUGGGGCCGGUGCUGGCCGUGGUGUUCCUCGGCGACCGGCUGAGCGGGUUGAAGGCGGUGGCGAUGGUAGUGGCGAUGUGGGGGUUCGCGUCGUAUAUCUAUCAGCAUUAUCUCGAUGAUUUGGAGAUGAAGGAGAGACAGAGAAGUGAAGAUGGUGUGCAGCUUCCGCUAGUUCAUGAAAGAGGAGCUUCUGCUGAAUCUUUUAGAGGAUAUUGAUGCAAGAUAACAUGCAUUUGCAUGUAUCUUUAAUUAAUUUUGUUCCAAAUUAAGCCUAGUUUUAAUGUAUCAUUCUUAAAAUAACUAUGUCCUCAUUUUGUAAACAUGCGUGCGGCAAAUUAAUAAAAUAGGAAAUUUGAAUA